GUUAGGUCUAGUCUAGUUGUUCUCCACUGUAAACAGUUCGCGUUCUGUGAUAAAACGACUUUUCUGUUGCCAUUUUAGCACAUUUCAUAAUUUAUUUUGUGUAUGAAAGAAAGAGUGGAGCUUUUAUACCAAAAUUAAAUGUUAGAGCAAUAGAAAAGUCCAAAAAUAAGUUGAAUGUGUUCUAGUGCAUGAAAAAUCGUCGAAAGAAAAAAGUAAAAUCGAUCGAUGAAAGAAACACCCAUCUGAAACCAUAUGCUGCCUGUUUGUGAUUUCCGAUAAUGAGAUAAAUUCGUGAAAAAAUGUCCUCGAACGGCGAUAACGACAUUCCCCAAUGGAAAAAGGAGUUGAUAGCGCGUCUCCGUAGCCAAAACAAGUGCGCGACUCAGCUGGUCGAUUCCUCCACCCAUCAACGGCUGCUGUUGGUAUCCGCGACCAGCAGUUUGGUACAACAACCCGGUGAGAGAUGUUGUGACGUGGUGACGACGAAAAUGGUGCAAGAAAGGUAUUGGGACGAGCCGAGCCAAAAGUCCGAAGAUUCGGACGAGGACUUACAUUAUGGCCCCGGAAUCGUCAACAAGCUCAAAGAAAGGUACCUCAGUCUCGCCCAAAGAGAAAACAAACAAAGACCAACAAUCUUACGAAAAGCUGCCUCUUUGGAGAAUAUUUUGGACGAUGCUGUUGCUACUGCUUCGAGCAAUGAAAUAGAAGCUCACCGUUUGUUUGAAACGAGGCUGAACGGAAGCAAUGACACCAAGAAUGCGACCAACAACCGGUAUAGGAGCACAAAACGUGGUAUUGGCCCCGAAAUGAAGAGAGCUCGUUCCGUUGAAACGAUUUCAUCACCCCGAAUUGAAAAAGAUGAAACGAAAAGGGAGUCAUUACAUGAGGAAAUGCUUAUCAAGGAAGGAAAUGAUAAGAGUUACACACCGAGAAUCAAUAGACCGAAAAGAAUUCGUCCUGUAAUGAAUGAAAAAGAAAAACCACCCAUUGAUGUUGUCAAGCAAGCCAAAAUGAUUUUUGAAAGAAGACCCGAACAAAGAACUAGACCACCACAACAAACAGGAGAUGUCGCCGCUAAAGUAGCCACAUAUAAAAAUAUCAUCGUACAAGCUAAAGCCGCAAAAAAACCAACAAUUAAAAUUAAACCACUUGUUAUAACCAAUGGAAUUAGAAUCAAACCAAAAGAAAUCGAAAAUAGUAAACCUUGUGUUGUAUCUCCCAUACCGGACGUUUCAAGAAUCGAUUUAAAGCCAAAACCAAACGAAGACACCAUUAAUAAAACUUCAAGUCUUUCAGAAACACCCGAUCUUAUAAUAACUUCUAGUCCCAUUCCAUCAGUAAAUUCACCGUCAUAUAGAAUUUCAGCAACUGAGAAUUUUCUCAAAGAAGAAAUUCGUCUCGCAUCAAAUGAUAAUAGAAAAUCGCCACCGCCUAAUUUUAAUGUGAAAAAUGACAAAAAUACGAAUAAAAAUGUAUCAUCGAUUACUGAACCACUCAAAUUGGAUAUCACAAUCAGUAAUGGGGAAGCGAAACCAAAUUUGACAAUAGUUGAAAUUGAAAAAAACUUGAUAAAUACAGCAAAAACGUUAGAAAAAAGUGGUGUUGUAAUUAAAAGUGAAGAAGUGACGAUUAGUAAAGUGCCAAAAGUGAAAAAGCAGCCACCACGUGAAUUCGAAAAUAAUUCGAUUGUAUUUAAAUUUACGGAUAGAAAAGAUGUACCGGAUUAUGUGCAGAAUGAUGGAGUUAAAAGGGUGGCGAAAUUGGAAAAACCCAAGGUCGGCGAGGGUGGUAUUAUCUUGCUUCCUGGUGCCUCGAUUGGUGAAUCAUUUACGGACGAAGAUGAGGAAAUUUUGAGAUCUUUGGAAGGUCCUCCAAGUCCCUGUGAUGUUACAUUUAUUAACGAUAACAUACUCAUCGAUGGAAAAUCUAGUCUUAGUCAAAAAACGAAAAAAGCCAAAAUGAAGAUAUCGUUUGUGGAGAUGGGACCGGAGAUUUACGAGUACCCCUCAGAGUCAUCGUUGCUCAUAGACGACGUUUCGACGUCCCCUACACCACUAGCACAAAUGCGUCAUUCAGUUCCUUCUCUCACAGGUACAUCAUCAUUGGCAAAUUACACGCCGAAGAGUACUGAAGAAUUUCAACCGGGAGUAACACGAAGUGUCCAAAUCGUGCAAUCGACUAAACACGAGAAUACUGACACUGAAUCGAUCUUACAACAAGUCGAAAAGCCAAUUUUAUUUAGUGCCGGGACCAAUUCCGAUAUACUUUUCUAAUUUCAUUCCAUUUUUUGUAAAAUAAUUAAUUUGUAAUCGAUUUUACAUUUAAACGUUAAUUUUAGUUUAACAUAAGUAUUACCAGGCAAAGGCUGUAGUAAUUCCAUUUAAAUUCGUUCAAAAUUCUGUGAUUGACAACAGUGCUAUUGUCAUUUUUGUAAAUUUGUAAAAGUUAUUUAAAUUGUAUCGUCGUGUAUUACUGUUUUUUUGCAAAAUAAACACAAAAAAGUUUCAAAUUUUA